AUGAACGGGUUAAUGAGAUUAGUUCUUGGCCUUUUGAUCGUCGUCGUGAGCCUGGUCAGAGCGACCGCUUCCGAUUGGAUUGAGGAUACCGAUGUCACCCGGGCAUCGGAAGCAGACACUAUUGAAGAAAGAGUAUCGACUACGGCUGCUCGCGUAUCUUCUAGUACUUCAGCACAACCUUCGGUCGAACCGACAUACGACACUCCUACUACAUCUACAUCUUCACUCGACGACUUGGUAGCAUCUACCACAGCUUCAGGCUUGGAUGCAAAUGGAGCAGGAGGCUUCAUUGAUGGGUCCUUAAUCAAUUUGCAUGCUACAUUUGCCAAGCCGACAAAUGCAAUUAGUGACAUCAAGUCGACCUACCGCAACUGGGUAGGCCCUCGCGCUAUAUCUCCUGACAUUGGGUGCUACCGUGAGGCGCAUAUUAUGGAUACGUGCCCGAGUAAUUUUGAUCGUCAUGAACGUACAAACACUUGUUGGGCUGAAUGCCCCCUCGCCUACCCGGUAGAGUGCGGCCUUGAAUGCAUCCGUCAGAAUGAUUUAUGUAUCAUGGACGCGCUAAACAAAAUUGGCGCAAUCGGAAACUCAGCUCUGGCCAUUGCUACUAUAGGUGCUGGAGAGAAAUUGUGGAAAGUUGCGAAACGUGUGCCUCAAGCACUCGACUGCGUUAAUAUGAUGAUUGGCACGAUGCGUAGCAUUCUGCGUUAUGUGCGUAAUAUCAGGAACAGCGAACCGACUAUCUCGACAGACAAGAUUCUGAACAUAAUGUAUCAGUCACACAACGUCGUGACGGAUCUGCCGAUGGCCAUCUACUUAUGUAUGGGUUGGCCGAUACCGAGAACUCUUGAUUUGGGUGGUCGUUUGCUUUCGACAAUGAACUGGAUUCUCUUGAACGCCAUUGCUUACAAAGAUGACAUUUUCUUUAGUUGGAGCAAAUUUAAGGCGUUUAUGAUUGGUGCCAACUUCACGGAAGCUGCCAACAAGAUUAACGAGACGGAUAUCGGAACGAUCAGUGACGCUCUCAAGUCGAAAUCUACUUGUGGGUAUGAGCUACGUGCAGUUACGGAUCGCACAUGGAACACAGUGAAUCAGCUACGAUUAGAAAACCCCGGCAUCUCGAAGAAUGAGUUACGCCUGAAAGUGCAGAACACCCAGAUCGUGACAUCAGAUAUUGCCAUCGCCACCAACAAUUGCAUGGAGCAGCUGAUUGAAGAGUCUGAUGAAGCUACAGCAUACAAGACGCGGGAGAAAAUUCGGACAGCUUUUAGUGGCAUGAUUAAUGAGCUUGUCUCGAAGGGCAGGAGUGAUAAUGGUACGAGUGAGGACGCUCGCCAGUUCAUGUACGCUGCUGUGGGCAAGACUCUAAUUUCGAUUGCCGUUACCGGUUUCGAUAUGAUUGGUGCUAUGGGUUUGAUCGUAACCUACAUGCAGAGAAUCUGCGGUCCAACAAAGUUUAUGGGCGAGAUCGACGACGGCACGGACCCCAAGACACUGGGUCUGACAAUAAACCAGAAAGCUUUUAGCCAAAGCACCAUUUCCUGGACUCGCAAAGGCGACGGCGAAGUCAUUGUUCACUUUAGCAGCACUGACACGGUCGACGUGACUGUCAACAUCAUGUCCGGUGGUAACAAGAUCGACGAGGUAGAACUUAAAGCUGGGGGACAUGUCCAGUGGAAGACCACCGUCACAGCAUUAGCCGGCAAGACACUGUACCUCGAUCGGUGGCGACCAGGGUUCCUGGGGUUGCCCACCACAAGAGGUGGCACACUGCUCUUGUGGGUGCCCCACGCUUCCGAAGGCGGACACUUGGAGGUUCAUGUGAAGGUAAAUGCGACCUAG